GCGGACACUUCUCCGAGUUGUUCGUCGGGCACUUCUCAGCUCAAUCUGGCUCCGUCUCUCGUCCGACACACUCUCGCCUCAACACUACACAUCCCCGCCGUGCGUUGAACAGAAGACCAAGACCCAUCAUGGCUGCCCAGGACCGAUCAAAUCCGGACGAGGGCGAUGUCUACCUGAUAUUCAUCCUGGAGUCUGUACCUAUCGAGACGAUCAAUGAGGUAUUGGAAAAGUCACACAACGAGACGGGCGAGUACCUCCUUCGCUUGGCCGACAAUGGCAGCAUCGCAGACCGCGAAACCCCUCUGGGCACCGAGACCCCCGUUAGUCCCGACUGGAGCUCUCCCUACAUAGGGAAGGAUAUUCGACAGGUAGCAACAAUUGUCGAGCAUGUGCCAGAUCCUCUGAACCGGCAGCACUUCGCCGUGUUGGACCUCGCCGUGUAUCGGCAGACUCGUAAAGUCAUGAUCUACAAAAUUGUGGGCGAAGAGCCGCAAGGGAUUCCGUGCACCGCCGAAGAAGUGUCGCUGCAUCUACUUGGCUACGACAGAGGCACUUGGGCUGAAAGCUGGAGACGUUGGCGGGAGAAAGGUCUCAGCCUGUGAAUUCCGGGGCGAAGCUCCGAUCCUACAGACCCACAGCGCUCGUACUCCAUCUGAAUGUAAAUUGCGGCUGAAGGACAAGUCGUACCACCGCAACAUGGCUGCAUACACCAUGAUCAUAUCCAAUGCAAGGUACCACUCCGAAUAUCCAUGCGUCACACCGGCCCCGAAGAUGUCCAGCUUGGUU